GCAAAGGGACCUAGACUUCAUUGGCCUUUUGGGAAAAAUGUACUUACUCUACAUUAAAGUCAAAAGGGGAGAACUGCACGGCCCACCCGACGAAUUCAAUGCAUAUGUGACAGUAAAAGUCAGGAAUUUAAAGACUACUACAGUACCACUAAGAGGCAAUGAACCAUCUUGGGAACAGAAUUACAUACUUGAAAUUAAUGACCUGGAAAAAAGCAUCUUUGUGGAGGUGUGGGACAAACGACUGAUAUGGGAUGUGCUUCUGGGUUCCGUAUGCAUCCCUUUGAGUGCUGUACAGCAUCGGACUCAGGAAGGGCCAGGACAGUGGUGGCCUUUACACAGUGAUGUCAUCAUGAAGGGGAUUGAGGUUUGUGGUGUUGACAGUCCAGCGCACCACAAGAUUAUGUUAGAUAUCUACGAUGAAAUGCUAACAGAAAUCCCAGAAGAUAAACCCCAGGGGCCAAUGCAGAGGUCUGAAGGCAUACCUGAGGUGGUAUCUGGAGAAGAUGGCCAGCACCCACAGAGCACAAUUACCUCUGACAAUUAUGAAAAUGGCACUGUUGGCUCCUUAGUAUGCUUUGCUGAGGAGAUUCCCACUGAAGACCAGGAUAGUGACUACCAGGUGGACCCCAAGAAUUUACUCAUUGCUGCUGGACUUGGGGAGUCACUUGCACCACCGGGACUCACGGACACAGACAUCACUACCAGGAGUGAAAAGGAAACAGACCUGGACUGUGACCACAAGGGUGAUAGGGAACAGCACUGCUCAGACCUCCCACCUCCGCACCUGAUUGACAGUUUAGUGAACAGCGGGGCCUGUUUGACCACAGCCUGCAGUCAGGUGAUACAUGAUAUCGGGCUAUCGGAUGCCUGUGAAAGUAGUGUUCUGCCUGGCUCUGACUUGAACAUGGAGACUAUGACACCAUCCAGCAGCAGCGACCACAGCACAUGGCCUUCUGACUCCACUGUGCCCUGCAGCCAGAGGGAUGACUCCACCUGCUGCAGCCCUGCCUCCUCUGGCUCCAGCCCAACCUCUAGACCUCUGGAGAGAAGCGAGGAGGAUGCUGACUUCAUCAGCCAUGAGGCUCCAAGCCAGGUCAAAGUGGAGAAUGCUGUCACCCUUGCAAACAGUAUUCCAAGAAGAUGGACCACAGUUCUUCAUAGACUGUUCUCUUUGGCUGGUGUCAUAAGGAGUAAGGUCUGUGACACGCAUUUGGAAUCCCCUGGUUAUUGUGAUGCAGAGGAAGACAGUAAGGACGCAACACCAUCAUCACUGUUGCAAGCUGUCAGGCUUUGAUCAUCAAAACUUCUCAGUACAGCAAAAACCACAUUCUGUUUGUACUGCCAAACCAGC